CGUUCCAGACUCCCACGGGCAUGCCGUACGGUACGGUGAACCUGCUGAAGGGCGUCAGUCCCACCGAGACGCCGGUCACCUGCACCGCCGGCGUGGGAACCUUCAUCCUGGAGUUCGCCACGCUGAGCCGACUAACAGGAGACCCAACGUUUGAGAACGCAGCCCGACAAGCCCUGAGGGCCCUGUGGAAGACCAGAUCCGACAUCGGGCUGGUGGGGAACCACAUUGACAUCCUGUCUAAGAAGUGGGUGGCUCAGGACGCCGGUAUCGGAGCGGGGGUGGACUCCUACUUUGAGUAUCUGGUGAAAGGAGCCAUCCUGCUGCAGGACGAGGAGCUGCUCAACAUGUUCCUGGAGUACGAUCGAGCCAUUCAGAACUACACCCGGUUUGACGACUGGUACCUGUGGGUCCAGAUGCACAAAGGGACCGUCUCCAUGCCCGUGUUUCAGUCUCUGGAGGCCUUCUGGCCCGGUCUUCAGUCUCUCCUGGGGAACCUGGACAGCGCAGUGAGAACUUUCCAGAACUAUUACUCUGUGUGGAGACAGUUUGGAGGUCUGCCGGAGUUUUACAGCAUCCCUCAGGGUUACACUGUGGACAAGAGAGAGGGAUACCCACUGAGACCAGAGCUGAUAGAGAGCGCCAUGUACCUGUUCAGGGCGACAGGCGACCACACCUACCUCCAGCUGGGCCUCGACGCCCUGGAGUCCAUCGAGAAGAUCACCAGGACGCCCUGCGGAUACGCCAGCGUGAAAGACCUGCGGGAUCACCAGCUGGACAACAGGAUGGAGUCCUUCUUUCUCGCUGAAACCAUCAAGUACCUGUACCUGCUCUUUGACCCCGCCCACUUCCUGCACGGCGGGGCAGCGGAGGGGGACGGGUCCUGGGAGGAGGGGGGCGAGGACGGGCAGUGUGUUUUAGGGGCAGGGGGGUUCAUCUUCAACACCGAAGCCCACCCUCUGGACCCGGCGGCGCUGUACUGCUGCAGCCGGCACGCCCAGGACCGCCAGGAGCUCAGAGACAUCCUGCUGAGCCUGCCCAAAGAGAAGAAGAAGACCAGAUCAAAGCCCGCCGCCAAACACACUGAAGACCCUCCCCACGGACCAUCAGAGAGCAUAGCUUUAAAACCAGGCGAGAAGAAGACCCCCCCUCUGCUGUCCUGCCCCGUUCAGCCGUUCAGCGCCCGGCUCUCCAUACUGGGACAAGUCUUCACUGAUAACACCUGACACUCACCUGGAUCACAUGACCUCCUGUAACACUUGAUCAGCGUGCCUCUUGCUUUUGUUGUUAAUGUGAAAAUGUGUUUGUACAACAUGUCAGCUUCAAGGGGAACAGAGACAGCAACAUUCCCUGUGGUGUUUGAGUACUGGAGUUAUGAGGAUUCAAGAUUCAAGGCUUUUAUUGUCAUUUGUACAAAGCUACAGUGUAGAUAUGACAAUGAAAAUCUCAGGUCACAGGCUCCUCCAACAGUGCAACACAAUAAAACAGAUAAAAUAGUUAAAUAAUACAAACAAGUUGGAAAGCCAUAGAGUGGUGCAGGAAUGAGUCCUUAAACCAGGAGAUAAGUCAGCGUUUUAGCUCUUCUGGUUCCCGUGUCUCAAAGUCAAUCCACUGAAGAAACUGAACCGUUGACUUUAAUUAAAUGUAUUAUUUCACUUAACUGUAUUAGGUUAGUUGAAAGCAAUAAUAUUACGUUUGAUUGAAAAACAUUAUGUUCAACUUGAUAUUAUUGCUUUAAACCUAAUACACUUAUGUGAAAUCUGUUGACACAAUACACUUAAAGUCAACGUGUCAGUUUUUCAGUUUGGGUUUUCGAAUGUGUUUUUGAUUGGAUGCCUGAAAUGUUGUUCUACGACAUAAAAUAUCCCACGGGAUUUCUGAAGCUCAAACGUAUCUUAAAAAUCAGCGGUUUCUAAUGAGUGUCGAUACAACUAAAUGUCAACAUGGCAACCAUUAGCUGCCUUUAGGGCGGUGGUGGCGAAGUCCAUAGGGACUUGGCUUGGCAACUGGAAGGUCAAGUGCUACCGAGGUGUCCCUGAGCAAGGCACCGUUCCCUACACGGCUCCCCGGGCGCCAUACAUAAUGGCAGUCCACUGCUCCUAACACUAGGAUGGGUCAAAUGCAGAGAAACCGUUUCGUUACCUGUACUACGUAAUGACAAUAAGUUGAAUCUUCUUCUUCAGCUUAGCGUCGGUGACAUGAAGCCAAGUGAUUGUGAUGUAGUUGCUUUUUACUUCUGGGGAUUUCAUAUACGCUUCACAAAUGAUGAUUCUGCUGAACGAAACGUGGACGUAUCAUAACCGUGUGUUUGCCACAGAUCUUAUUUCUGCAAAAAUCUAAAAUCUAGAGAUGCUAACUUCAGGGUCGGCUUACAAAAGCACUUCAUUUUAUUUACAAACCAGUUUACGUCCAAAAACAGUAGAGCUCAUUACUGCUGGUGAGUUUAAAUGAGAGGAAGGAAGCUGCUCUAGGGAACAUACAAGUUAUAAAGACAAAACGUUUAAAAGCUUUCCAUUAGGUGACUAUUUCUUGUUUGAAAUUCUAAAGACACACACAGCUUAUUCAGGGUGUACGAGCAUUAUCCAUGUUUUUGAAAAUGUUACCAUGAAAUAUCCAUCUGAUUAAACGUGUUUUUACCAUAAGAGUAGAAGUACCAGAUUGGGUAGAAAACAAAUCAUUCCUAAACAGUUUUGUUGUCGUGAUGAAGGUGAUCCAAGAACUGAUAUUUAAACUGAAGGUGAAAUAUAGUUUUUUAUUUAUUAGAAAGGUUGUGGUUAGUUGUUCGGUUUGUUAUGUUCUUAUUUGUUUAUUACGACUCUGUAUCUGCUGUUUUCAUACUUAAGAAAUGUGUGAAAAUAACACGAAGUUUGAAUUAGAAAAAAUCUACAAUUUCCUGCCUCAGCGCACACACACGGGGGUUUUAUAUGUCCUAAGUGUGUAUCUGCAGAUGUGUGAAUGUGUGCCGCUGCCAGGUGGAGGCCGCAUGUUAACACCAUUGUUAGAAGGUAUGAAAGAUUAAGGAAAACAUAUUUCAAAUUCAUUCAUUGCACAAAGUCAAAAAACAUUUCUAUUUUUGAUAGCUUCUCAUGUAAAAAAUUAAACUAUUGUCAGCAUCCUUCUCCUCUUAUUUCACCGUAAUAGUCUCAAAGAAAACGUCAUAUUAAUAUAAGGUCAUAAUUACCUUGGUUCCUGAUCUAUUUUCCUUCCUUCCUCUUUUUGUUCCUAGGCUCCUUCAGUUGACUUCUCAAGGCCCUUUCCCCAUUCUUUCCUUCCUUGCUUGGCUCUUUCCUUCCUUCUUUCUUUCCUUCUUUCCUCCUACAUGUCUAUUUUGCUUUCUUACUUUAUUCCAAAGCUCCCUCAUUUCUACCCCCCCCCCACAGGGUGUGUCUCUGGAUCUGUUUUUGGUGACUGCAUGAUGACUAACUGCAUGUUUACUUGAGUUAAGACCAAACUUUAAAACAUAUUGAGCUGCCUCCCUAUUUUCUAUCCCUCUGUUUAACAUGCAACCUUUUCAUCCAUUUCUAUUAUAGCCUUCGUUAAACUAAACUCUGCUUUCAAGCUGUUUCCCAGGACAAGUUAUAUUUCUGCUGCUUUCCAUUUCCGUUCUGGGUUGAUAUUUCCAUCGCAGAUUCCUUUGAACACUACAAUUUAAACUGCAACCUCCACACAAUCUGCUAGAGCAAAAUAUCAACAUGUAAAGUUCAGUGUUUGCACCUGCAAGCUCAGCAUGUUAACAUUUCUAGUGCUACCUGUUCACCUUGUGUGCAUAGGCGGAUUUUGCGGGGGGGCAGGGGGUGCAUUGCCCCCCCCCUAGUGAUUGAAAUAUGUUACAGCAUUACUACGUCGAAAACUGUUCCAAUACAAAUAUUUCGUAUAUCAAUAUUUUAACAAGGUAGGACACUGGUAACCAAGGGAUAUAGUAGUUAUCAAAUAAGUAUAAGAUGUGCACAGUUAUGAUAUGUUGUACAGUUAUGUAAUGCACUGUUUUGGGGGGAGAGACCGCCCCUUCCAUGAGUGUGUGUGUGUACGGCGGGCAUGAGGCGUGCAUAACGGGACGAGUUGUGUUCGUAUGUGGAAAAGUCAUACUCAGUGUGGUGAACGCUGGCUUUAUUGCUACUGUAUCCGUAGCACCCCACGCAAUAGUUGGGACUGUGUACUGACGUUAGUAAACAAUGUUUGCCCCCCCUAGCGCAAAUGUCAAACUCCGCCUAUGCUUGUGUGUCUUAUUGCAUGUUUUGGUCUACUUCACACUUCAGUUUGUUAACAUCACUAUGCAAACAUUUGAUUUUGGAAAGUGUUAUUAAAACAAAGCCUGUGGUCCUGGCUCUCUGAA